UCAUUGACGUCAUUGUGAUUAUUGUGGAGUUGAACUUUGUUGCACGAAUUUCGUGAAUUUAUUCUGUCCAAACGACAAAAAACUGUAACCAAACGGUGUGUCCGGACUUAUUAUGCCUAAUGAUUUAUUAAAACAGCUGGGCGGAAGGAAAGCAAUCAUGGCACCAUUGUCCCCGACCCCCUGUGCGGAGAUCAGUGAUGAUGAGCUGGUCUCCAUCUCCGUGCGAGAUCUGAACAGGCAGCUCAAAAUGCGGGGGCUGACCAGGGAUCAGAUAGUCAGAAUGAAACAGCGGCGGCGGACUCUGAAAAACAGAGGCUACGCGGCGUCGUGUCGCAUCAAACGAAUCGAGCAGAAAGAUGAACUUGAAACUGAGAAAAGCCAGGAAUGGCAUGACAUGGAAUUGAUGCAGGAAGAUAAUAACCGCAUCCGGGAUGAAAUAGAGGCUCUCCGGAGCAAAUAUGAUGCCCUCAAACGGUUCGCUGUCAUGAAGAACAUACCUUUACCGCCUGAGCUAGAACUAGUGCCUUAAGUGAAACGUA